GACAAAAGCUGUAGGAAACUUAUUUACAAAUCUAAAAGCAGAAAAUGUUUGGGAAUUUUCAAGGCAGUAUCUUGCUUGUGUUUUUAUGUGUUCUACAGUCCGUGUUAGUUGUAGGUGAUACCCGAUGCACAAAUAAAGGAGGUACAUGUCAAUCAAACACCAUUACCUGUGAGAAUGGACGAUACCAAAGAGGAUUAUGCAGAGGAGCAGCAUCCAGACAAUGCUGUGUCCCAAGUCCAGCGGACCGCCCUUGUGCCAACAAAAGAGGCGUUUGUCAGGAAAACAGAAUGACUUGUAAUGGUGAAUACCAGAGAGGACUUUGUGGAGGGGGAGCCACGAGACAAUGUUGUGUUCCUAAGUCCAGCGGAUCUACUGGUGGUUCUAGUCCAGGGAAAUAUAAUUGUUUUGGCGAUGUGACAAAAUUAAAUCCAACCGGACGAAAGAAUGGAGGAAUAUCAGCCUCCAUCAGAGAAAUUACACCCGACCUCAGUAGGCUGAACACUAAGAAAAAGUGUUAUGUCACAGCCGGACAAAAUAAUUGUAUUCAUCCAGCAGUCAUCGCCGCCAUUGCCAGCAGAGAGUCGCACGCUGGUAGGCUACUGAUAUCAACCAAUGGUUAUGGAGAUAACAACAAUGCUUAUGGAACUAUGCAGUGUGAUGUAAGGCACUGCCCAGUCUGUGAUAGUAAAACUGGUCGUAACUGUAAAACCUACCACUGGGACAGCUGUGAACAUAUCAACAUGAUGACUAAAUACACGCUAGUGAGAUAUAUAAAGCAAGUUAAAAGCAAGCAUCCAACAUGGACUCCGGAGCAGCAGCAACAAGGUGGUGUUGCUGCUUACAAUUUUGGGGUGAGUAAUGUUCGAUCAUGGAAGAACUUGGAUAAAGGAUCAACAAAUGAUGACUACAGCAAUGACGUCAUGGCUAGGGCUCAAUAUUUGAUAAACAAACAGGGAUGGUAGAAAAUCAACAACAGACAUUUAAUUGCUCAUAAUGACU